AUGUCUUCCCACAAGCAGCACCGACCUUCUUCCGCCGGACAGGGCCGGUGGCACUUGGUCCGAGAAAGAAGCAGUCAUGCAGCCGCGGAGAGUAUAACUCCCGCUCACGUCCCCACUUGCCGACAAGGCGCGCAAAGCCCGCGCCGGGAGCACGGCUUCCAGCCGACCGGAAGGGCUGCGGACCGGAAGUGCGUCACGAGUGCGCGGCUGUUUCAACUUGCCCGCCGAGACCUGCAGCUGGGGGCCGGCUCUGAGCAGAUGGACCGGUACCUGCUGCUGGUCAUCUGGGGGGAAGGAAAAGUCCUCUCGGCGCCCGGGGGGGAGGCGGAGCUCGGGUCUGGGCCGCCGGGGGCGGAGGGCACCCAGAAGCAGCCGGACCUAACAGCAGCUGCAAAUAUUUAUCAUCUCCUGAAAAGAAGCAUUAGUUCAUCAAUAAAUCCGGAGGAUAGCACCUUUCCUGCCUGUUCAGUGGGUGGCACACCUGGUUCCAAGAAGUGGUUCUUUGCAGUGCAGGCGAUAUGCGGAUUUUAUCAGUUUUGUAGUUCUGACUGGGAAGAGAUACAGUUUGAUAUGGAGCAAGAUGAAAUCGAAGAUGUGCUUAAAACAAACAUCGAGGAGUGUCUGAGCGCUGCUGACUGUUUUGAGGAGGAAGACAGCAACAGCCGAGAGUCACUGUCCUUGGCUGACCUAUAUGAAGAAUCUGCUGAAAAUUUGCAUCAAUUGUCUGACAAGCUUCCUGCACCCGGUAGAGCAAUGAUCGAUAUCCUGCUGCUGCCGGCCGACAGAGACCCCCCCAGGCUGACAGACUGCUUACCUGCCGUCGGGGCACUGAAACACCUGCGGGAAUGGCAUGCAGCAAAAGUCACUCUGGCAGGCAAUCAGAGGGAAGCAAAUUGCCAGAAAAUUGCAGAAUACCUUUCUGCAGAUGUAGUGUCUAUAGAAGACUUCAGAAGUGCUAUUGACCCCAAAGAGUUAUGGAGGGGAAAGAUCCAGAUCUGGGAAAGAAAGGUCUUCCAUUAUUACGGUCCUGCCUUAGAGUUUGUGCAGGUGAUAAGAUUAUCGGAUCUACCUUCCUGUUACAUGUCGGACAUGGAGUUUGAAUUAGGAUUGACGAAAAAUAACACCAAACAGAAUUCCAUGCUGCUGUUGGAUCAGAUUUCUUCUCUGUGUGGCCAGGUUGGUGCUCUGUUUGUAUUGUCUUGUACUGUUAGCAACAUACUCAUCCCACCACCCAACCCACUUCAGUCAAGAAAGUGGAAAGACUACAUCGCUAAAAAGCCCAAGACAAUUAACGUUCCAGAUGUUGACGUGAAAGGAGAGUGCUGCAGCUAUUAUUUCUUGGUACAAGGUAAUGGCAAUAGAAGUUGUAAAGCAACACUGAUUCACUCAGCCAACCAGAUCAACGGCUCAUUCGUACUCAAUUUAAUUUAUGGAAAGAUGAAAGCAAAGAUGGAAGAAGCUAAGCUGAGCCUUCCUUUUGACUUCUUGUCCCUUCCACGUUUUUCUGGGGAACAGAUUGUACAGAGAGAGAAGCAGUUAGCCAGAGCUCAAGCUUUGGCUUUGAAAGAAUGUCUCAAAAGGAGAGAGUUGGCAGAGCAGCCUGAAGCUGUGUCUAUGGGUGAGCUCAAAACUCUGUUACUACUCACGAGGGAGCACUUUUUACAUCAGUUUAAUGCUGUGAUCCCUAACACAGUUCUAUCAAAGACAGGAAAAAAUAUCUCCAGUAAGUUAAAUGACACCAUCCCAGCGGAACCUGACGACUCAGGCCUGACAGAAACCAAUCCUCUCCAAUGGCCAGAAAAGCAUGUUCUUCAAAACCUGGAAACUUUUGCAAAAGCUAAACAAAAAUUGAGAACUGGUUCAUUAUCGCAUUCAUCGGAACAGUUGCUGGGUCACAGAGAGGGUCCCCGGGACUCCAUCACAUUAUUGGAUGCUAAAGAAUUGCUUAAGCACUUUACCUCAGAUGGAUUCCCCGUUGGAGAUCUUCAACCUUUACCAAUUCAAAAGGGGGAGAAGACGUUUGUUCUGACGCCAGAACUUAGUCCUAGGAAACUCCGGGUCUUGCCUUUUGAGAAAGCCUCGGGAUGCCACUACCAUGGAAUUGAGUAUUGCUUGGAUGGCCGAAAAGCUUUAGAAAGAGAUGGGGGCUUUUCUGAACUUCAGUCUCGUCUUAUUCGUUAUGAGACUCAGACGACCUGCACCAGAGAAGGUUUUCCGAUGCCGACCGUGUUGAGCCCUCUGCCGUCCCCUGCUGUUCUGUCCGAGCCGGGAAGCGUUCCUGACGGCGAAGCCGUGCAGCGUGAACUCCGCACUGAAGCCUCCAGAUUGAAGCGGCGGCGAUCCCAGGACCCGAAUUGCCUUUAUCCCCCGAAAAGACUGGUGAAAUCCGAGAGUUCAGAUUCUCCUCUUUCUCGGACACGUGGCAGCAGCGGCCUUCCCCAUCACGUUGUGACUACCAGGCGGCCACCGGCAAAGCAGUCGGCAUCGACCUGCCCACCUGCCCCGAUCCCCAGGGCAGAAACCAAGGGCAGAGCCAGUCAAAGACGUGCCACAGAGUCCAGAGCAUGCAGGCGAGCUCAGGAAUCCAGAUCGCAGAAACACACCCGGAUACUGAAAGAAGUCGUUACUGAGACCCUGAAGAGACACAGUGUGACUGAGACUCACGAAUGCUUCUCUGCCUGCAGCCAGCGUCUCUUCGAAAUCUCCAAGUUCUAUCUGAAGGAUCUUAAAACUUCAAGGGGUCUAUUUGAAGAAAUGAAGAAAACCGCAAACAACAACGUUUUACAGGUGAUUGAGUGGGUAGUAGAAAAGGCGAGCAAGAAGUGACGUGGAUUACUCCUCCCUGGACAACCAGAAAGUGGUCGGAACAAUCACGUACGUGUUCUUCCUCAAUUUGGAAGUGGGAAAUGUCAGACCCUACUCAACAAGGAGAUGCUGCGUUUCUGAAGUUUCAUAAAUAUGGAUGCUGAGAUGCUCUGCUAAUGUACUUUUAAUGUAUACUUAUUUUAUGUAGUUUCCCUAUAUUUUAAUUUUUAAAGUUAAUA